AGUGGCCGGCGGGUUUAUGAGUCCCGAGACACACAGACUCGGACAGGACAGCGCGCAUGAGUGUUUAGAGGCGGGCUCAACACAUUAUUCUGCUGUCAAAGAGUUUGAUUUAUAUCUGUAUAUACAUUUUUCUAAUUAUAUUGUAUUUUAUUUCACUGAUCAUGGACCAAGAAACCGAGAGGAACACGAUGAUGGAGUUCUGGAAGGAACAUUCGAAGUUGGCAACGGUAGAGGAGAUGAUGCUGGACUCGAAUGCGCAGGAACUGACCCAACACGAGCUGCCCGAGAUCCUCUCCAUGCUCCCUUGUCUGGCUGGUUCUGAUGUGCUGGAACUUGGUGCUGGAAUUGGCCGGUACACACGUCACCUCAUUGGCAAGGCCCGUCACGUGAUCGCUGUGGACUUCAUGGAGAAGUUUGUGGAAAAGAACAGGGAGGAAAACAGUCACCUGGGCAACGCUGAGUUCAUCCAAGCUGACGUCACAAAGCUGGACUUCCCUAAACACAGUUUUGACCUGGUGUUCUCUAAUUGGCUGUUGAUGUAUCUGAGUGAUCAGGAGCUGAAGUCAUUGGUUGAGAAGUUUCUCAGGUGGCUCCGCCCAGGCGGCUACCUGUUCUUCAGAGAGUCCUGCUUCCACCAAUCAGGUGACAGCAAGCGAGAUUUUAACCCCACGCACUACAGAACUCCUGCUCACUAUAACCAUCUGAUGACAUCAGUUCUGCUGGACGAAUCAGAGAAGACGGAGAAGAAAUGCUACGGCUUUGACAUGGUGCUCAGUAAAACAGUUCAGACCUAUGUGAAGAUGAAGAAGAACCAGAACCAGUUGUGCUGGCUCAUGCUGAAAGCCUGUCGCGAUACGGUAGAUCAGCAUCAGGGCGGCUUUUCCACAUUCCAGCAGUUCCUGGAUAACCAGCAGUACACCAGAAGAGGAAUACUGCGUUACGAGAAGAUGUUUGGGUCUGGAUUCGUCAGCACAGGCGGACUCAGCACCACCAAGGAGUUUGUUGAUAUGCUGAACUUGGCCGCAGAACAGAAGGUUCUAGAUGUCGGCUGUGGGAUUGGAGGUGGAGAUUUCUACAUGGCCAAGACCUUUGGAGUGGAGGUUCUGGGGAUGGACCUUUCCUCAAACAUGGUGGAGAUCGCCAUGGAGAGAGCCGUCACAGAGAAACUCCCAUUAGUGCAGUUUGAGGUGUCGGAUGCCACAAAAAGAAGGUUUCCUGACGCCACGUUUGAUGUGGUUUACAGCAGAGACACGAUUCUGCACAUCAGGGACAAACUUGACCUCUUCAGAAAAUUUUACUCAUGGCUGAAGCCGAGCGGUAAGCUGCUGAUCAGUGACUAUUGCUGUGGAGAGAAGCCCUGGUCUCCAGCGUUUCAGGAUUACGUCAACCAGAGGGGAUAUAUUCUCUACACACCUCAGAGAUACGGACAGUUCCUGAGCGAGGUGGGAUUCAGUAAUGUUCGCGCAGAGGACAGGACAGACCAAUUUAUUCAGGUGAUAAAGACUGAACUGCAGAGAGCCGAGGACAUGAAAGAUGAGUUUAUACAGGAGUUCUCUAAGGACGACUAUGAUGCCAUUGUAAAGGGAUGGACAGAGAAACUGCUGCGCUGUGAGACAGGAGACCAACGCUGGGGGCUUUUCUAUGCCACCAAAGAAUGAGAGAGAGGAGGAAUCCAACUAAUGAUCAAAUCAGAAUCACUAUUUUUCAGAUUAAACUCAGUGUUAAUUCUGUGAAUUGCACAAAAGUGUUGCAAGACCAACAUACUCUUAUGCAGCAUAAGUGAAUAAAAUACCACUUUCCUUUA